AUGGCUCCGUAUUCCAACCGUGGAAGCGACAGCCACCGAGGGAGCGGGGGGUACGGGCGCGGUGGUCGAGGGAGAGGGCGAGGGGCAUACUACGCGAACAAGUACGGUCGCGGUCGCGGUCGUGGGGGCGGCGGACAGAGUGACAAUGGUCCCGGACAGGGUGGCGGCUCUCGGCGAGAUCCUCAACAAUUUCAGUCGCAAGGUGGGCGUGAGGAGCUUGCACAAUUGCUCCACCAAAUGAGUGGAGGUUCGUAUCCGAGGUACAAAGACUUAAUUGGAAAAUGGGGCUUGAUGGAUGCCACAACCCUAUUUUUUGAUCGCAUUCAAUCCGAUCCAUACGCCCCUCCAAGCCGUGCACGUUUGCGUGUUGAACUAUCUUCCUCAGGAUUUGACACUGAUUUAUACUCUUCGCGAAUCCGUCAGACUGCAUUCUGCGACUUCCUAACUCGAAAGUUUUGGCGCGUCACUCAUGACGCACACAUGGACCGCACAACCGGCGGUGGAGGUUGGAGCGGCCCGAAAGGCGGGAAUUUAAACAUCGACAAGCCUAGCCAGCAUGUACUUGAGCGUACAUCAUGUCUGAUUGUCGAUGAUUGCUUUAUCGAAAUGCGCUUUACAGUCAACCUUCCGGCAAGGGGAAGAACUAUUCAGGGUCAGGAAGCAGCUUCAAUAUUGACCGAACGGCUACCAAAUGUUGUUGCAGAAGUGUUGUUUGCACAAAGCGAAGAUUCACAGAAACUUCUUCAACAUGUGACUUCUAUCGAAGAUCAGGAAUUCACCCGAAACGUUUCGUUGGGAGAACACGGUUUAGUAGCGUUUGUGUGCAAUGGAGCUGUUCUCCCGAGAAGUUCUGGAGCGGAUGACGAACCUAUGGACGAGUCUGCAGCAGUUCCAUUUGAAUCACCUGAGAGCUUGUUCUGUGAAAUUGAGCUCCCUAGUGGAAAAAAAGUGCAAGGUAUGGGCAUCAAGCCAGGAAUAUCUCUCAUUGUAGGGGGUGGUUUCCAUGGCAAAUCGACGCUACUGGCAGCUCUUGAAGUGGGAAUUUACAACCAUAUUCCAGGAGAUGGCCGAGAGUUUGUUUGUUUGAAUAAAACCGGAGUUUCUAUUCGGGCAGAAGAUGGGCGGAGUAUAACUGGAGUCAAUAUUUCCCCAUUUAUAAAUAAUCUUCCGUUUGGGAAAAAGACAACUUCCUUUUGUACACCGGAUGCAUCGGGUUCUACUUCUCAAGCAGCAAAUAUCAUAGAAGCGCUUGAAGCAGGUGCAAAGGUCCUGCUGACGGAUGAGGAUUUGGCUGCGACAAAUUUUAUGAUGCGAGACCAGAGAAUGCAGCAGUUGGUCCCAUCGUCCAAGGAACCCAUUACUCCCAUGAUUCAAAGGAUUCGAUCCCUUUACGAGGAAGAAGGGGUGAGUUCUAUUUUGGUCAUCGGAGGUGCAGGUGACUACUUUGAAGUGAGUGAUCUAGUCGUGAUGAUGGAUUGCUACAAACCCAGAGAUGUAACAAACGAGGCGAAGUCCAUUGCAUCAAGCUUUCCAUCCGGUCUCAAGCUUUCCGAUUCCCCAUCAGACAUCUUUAAAACGAACAAGAAGCGUCUCAUUGCUUCUGAUUCGGUACAGAGAAUAGCCAAGAGCGGCCGUGGAAAAAUAUCAGUGAGGGUCAAGGGCACAAUUGAAUUUGGCAGUACAGAAAUCGAUUUGUCUGCAAUGUCCCAGAUCGUGGAAACCAGUCAAACCAGAGCCAUUGCAGUUGCUCUAGAGAGUAUUGCAGGUAUGUCCGUUCUCGAUCGAGACGGAAUCGGGGCGUGUGUGAGAAAGCUUAUGAGCGAAGUCGACGCAACAAAUCUUGAUGCGAUGAACUCGAGAGGAGAGAGACAGGGGAACUACGCACGGCCUCGAGCAAUUGAAAUACACGGCGCAUUGAGCAGACUUCGUGGUGUUGAUCUUAGUCGGUAAGGCUAAAACAAUGAAUACAUCACUAACUUAGUGUUAUUGCGUCGAAAAUUUUCGGUCUCAGUUGAGGCAAAACGUCGGUCGCUUCUCUAAACACUGUAGAUGGCAGACUACUUA